GGGGGGGGAGCCGCCUGGGGAACACCUCGGGGAGGCUCCUGGCCGCCGUGCCACGAGAAGCUCCCGCGGCCCUUGCCAGCCCUUCCGCCCCCGCUGAUUGAAGGAAGAGGGCAGUUGUCUCCAGGCCUGUUGGCAUCCCAGCAGACAGAGAGGACAAAAUUCUGGACUUCCCAAGAACUGAGCAGGCACUCUGCUGCUGAAUCUGUGCCUCUGCAGAAAGCAGACUGUGCUCAUAGCAGCACCCCAGAAAGCAGGUGCCAGGGAGCCCCCGGGCAUGUGAGGCAAAUGAUGGCUCCCCUCCCUGGUGCAGAACUAGUCAAGAGGCCGCUGCAGCUGUAUCGCUACUUGCUCCGCUGCUGCAAGGAACUGCCUGGGGCAAAUGUCCGGAAGCACUACAAGCACGCCAUCAGGCAGAGCUUCAAAGUUCACAUAGAUGAAGACAAUCCUGAGAGAAUCCAGCAGAUUAUCAAGAGAGCCAUUGAAGACGCCGAUUGGGUGAUGGAGAAAUAUAAAAAACAAAAGUAGAAGAAGAGAUGGGAAAGAAGGCAACAGAUGACUGGAGAAGACUGGAUUGGAACCUCUUUUGUAGAUUUAUGGCAAUAAAUGCCUCCCUCCUUUCUCCAGCUUCAGAAGUUCUUUGUGAUCUCUGGGCAUCUAGUGGCAGACAGAAGACUUCCUAUGAAGAAGGCAAAACUCCAGUCAAGUUAUGAACGGUGUGAAAUGUGGAGCCAAGAUUCCUAGCUGAGUCUACAGGGAGCAGUCGGAUAUUGGGAAGCUGGGAUGGACAGACUUGGCUUGCAUACUGACUUUAGCUUCCUGUUGUCAGAAUUCUGAACAUAUUUGGAAAUCCUUGGAUCUAAAGGGUACCUUUGGGCAAAGUGAUCAGUCCACAUUUGGUGCAGAAAACUUGGCCUAUAAGUAUUUCAAAUAAAGACAUAUGGAAACCAA